AUGAAUGGAGUUAGCGAUGACGCCAUCAAGCUGAGGUUGUUCCCAUUCUCACUAAGGGAGCGAGCCAAGAGUUGGUUGCAUGACAACGAAUCUCUUUAUGAAGCCUGGGAGAGAUUCAAGGACUUAUUGAGGAAGUACCCUAACCAUGGGAUUGAAAAAUGGUUGCAAGUGCAUAACUUCUAUAAUGGAUUGGUCAACAACACCCGAACACUCAUAGAUGUUGCAGUUGGUGGGGCUUUUAUGAGGAAAAGUGCUAAUGAGGCCUUUGAACUACUUGAAGAGAUGGCCAUAACUAAUCAACAAUGGUCAACAGAGAGAGGCCACUCUAAAAAGGUUAUAGGUAUGCAUGAAGUCGAUGCCAUAACCAAGUUGACAACCCAAGUGGAGGCAUUAACGAAGUUAGUGACUGCACAAGCCAAACAAGCUCAAGUUAUCUGCGAGCUGUGUGGAGGACCUCUUACUAUUGAAAUCUGCCCUAUAGAUGUAGACAGUUUGCCAAUGGAGCAAGUCCAAGCCAUUGGAAACUAUCAGAAUAAUUGUGGGUUCAACCAAGGGGGUUGUCUGCAGAACUUCCAAAAUAAGUUUCCUAAUCAGCAACAACAAGGGUUUUAUCCUCAGAAAAAUCAAUCUCAGCAAAGCCAACAGUAUCAACAACAACAAGACUCUAAUGGAAAGGGUAACUUGCCUAGCACUACUGAAGUCAAUCUAAAAGAGAACUGUAAGGCAAUUACCUUGAGAAGUGGUAAGAACUAUGCUGGUCCAAGCCAGGAUAAGCUAGAGGAGGAAGAAGAUGAUGAACUAGCACCUACACCGAAAAAGAAGAAGACUACUGAUGGUCUUCAACAAAAAGAAACUUCUCCUCCUAUUAGUAUUGACCACCACAUAAAAAUUCCCUAUCCUCAGAGACUGCUAACAUGGAUAAGCAAUUUAGCAAAUUUCUUGAAGUAUUUAAAAAGCUGCAUAUCAACAUUCUCUUUGCAGAAGUCUUGGAAUAAAUGCCAAGCUACGUCAAAUUCAUGA